AUGCCACAGUUCAAACGUUCACCUUUGCACUCUAAUAAUCUAGAAGUGGUAAACGAGACCCACCGCACCGCCGCAGUGUGGAAGAUGCUGUCCGGCAUCUCACUUUCGCUUGUCUCAGAAAUCAUAAGGAGGCCGGGCUCAGGCCAACUAUUUGAUCUCGUUUUGAAUCUCGUUUUCGACUAUGCUGCGAUAAAUGUGAAGUCUAAUGCCAUCCGAGCGUCCGGCCAGCUCGUAGCAUGCCUGGCACGCGCACAACCUCAGAAAACUCUGGAUAAGUUUUUGCCUUCGUGUAUCUCGCGCAUACAAGAAGAACUCAAGUGCGGAACUUCGAGCGUUAGGACAACAUCAGCACGCGAUCUUGUUCCAUCUGACACAACGCUGCAUUGGAAUAUGUUGAUAUUGUGCGGGCGUCUUGCAUACGGCGCACAUGCUCUCCUCAAGCGUAAGGAAGACAUCAUGGACCUUUUAUCGUUACUUUUGAAUAAGACGAAGAAUGAGCGUGGGUACACGGGCACUGCCGCGAUUGUCACUAGAGCGAUGCAUGCGCUAUCUGGUGUCUAUCCCUCUGACAACCGCUUUGUGAAUGAAGACGUACGGAAUCAAUCUGAGUUUGGCAAGUCGCACAAUGCUCAAUGGAGCCGACCGUACGAAGCGAAGGAUGUGAAGGUGGAAUAG